AUGAAAAUUCUUAACGUGAAGCUAACUAAAGGGGGAAGAGAGUAUCAUGCUUCUAUAGCAGUCAGCAAAGAUAUGCCAGUCGAAGAAUUCAUGAAUUUACUAUCUGCAUCACUCCCAAUUCCUGAUUCAAUUAUAAUAGGUUUUAAGGACAUUGAAGGAGUUUUAGUUAUCCCCAGCUUAAUCUGCAGAGAGCCUGAAAUCCUCCGCACAGACGACUAUGACUUAAUUCUCCGUGAUAAGUCCCAGCCAUCUCGUCCUACCUCUGCAAACCUCAGGCAGCCUGAAGAGCAGCUUUCCCACAUCUUGUCCAGCAUCCGGCUAAAGUACCACCUUUCAGAAGACGAGUUUACCAGCCUUCGAAGCUGAAUCAGAGAAAAUAACCGCACAGUCCAUCAAAUUUUACAAAAUUAUUUAAGGGAAAAUAAUGUUGAAGGAUUUUCUGACUGAAUUUUUAACAGCUCCAGAUCACAUAGGAAAAAUAUAGAAAAUGACGAAGAGAUUAAAGAAGAAUUAAAAAUAAACAGAAGCCAAGUAAACUUAGAAAGGCCACAGACCACUAGAGCCAAUAUGAGACCUAUGACGAGAGAUGACGAUAUGAGGCGAGGAUAUCAAAAAUAUAUACAAGUGGUUAUAGAGCUAGAACAGAGAGGACUUUUGGACCAAAAAGAUUUAGGAGUGAUAAAAGCACUUAUAUUGAGAGACAAUAAAGACGCAAUGAGGGAGCUUGGCAGCUAUUUUAUGCAUGGGAUAUCUUUAGAUGAGCUGGGGAUAAGGCUUCAAAGAGUAGCUGAUAAGCUCAGCUCAGGCAUGGAGAGGCCGAGUUCUCCAAUUCCAAGAAAAAAAGAACUUCACCUACUAGUAGAGUCUUUAGUUAAAGCAAAUUUGCCCUCAAAAGAAGAUAUUGACAUUUUAAACAAUUUAAUAGCAGACGAAAAUGAAUUUGUAUUUUCUGCUUUUGACGUGUUUGAAAGUGACAGAGACCAAGAAGAAUUAAUUGACUCCUUACUAAGGGCUAUAAAAAAACAGAAAAAAAAUAAUAAAGAGCCAUUGCCUAGCAACUCAUUUUAUCCUGACCCGCCACCUAUAGAAACAGCUCCACAUACCCAAGAAAUUGAUUAUAAUUUUAUGUGGAAAAUUAUUCAGGAUUUUAAUAUAGGCGAAAACUGGAGUUUUGAGCUAAAAGGAACCUUAAAAGCCCUAAUGCAGUCUGCAAGUAAAAUAAUGCAGGUAGCUUUUGAGCAGUUUAUCAAAAAUGAGGAUAAUGAUUUAUUAGAGGAGGAGCUAAAAAACAUUGUCAAUUUGUAUUUUCAUGUACUGAUGGCACAGUGCUUUACGCCAAGGCAUAUAAAAAUGAUAAAAAAUCAAGAAAAAUUAGGCUCACUAGAAGAUAUAAGCCAAAAAUUCGCAAAUGAUGGAAAUGUGUAUAAAUUUUUUAUAGGGAUUAUUGAGCUGCUAGAUUUAAAAGAUGUGCAGAAUCCAAGAAAUAGAAUUUUGGAGCACGUGGCGCAUUUGUUAGAAGAUAAUGAAAAUAUAGAAGACCCAUUAGACGCGUAUGAUACUUUGACUAAUAUUUUGUCGAAUUCUAAAAAUCUAUGCUUAUUUAUACGAAUUAACAGCAUUUUUUGCUGAUAAUAUAAUAAGUAAAGCAGAAAUUUUAAUUAAAUGUAAUAGGAAUAUCAGAUUUCAGCCAAAUAUUGACGAGACUAUAUGAAGACCAAAAUCCAGAAUUAAUUGGAAUUAUCCAAAGCUACCACAAUGGGGCACCUAUUGAAGGAGUUGAAGAAGAUUUAUUAAAAUUAAUCGCAAAAAAUAAAAAUGACGAAGAUUUUGGCAGCGAUUUAAUUGAUAUUAUUCAGUCAGAUUUCACAGAAGAGCAGCUAUUUUUAAUAAGAGAUUUAAUUUCAAAUAAAGACCCAUGCCUUUUUGAUGCAUAUGAAAAUUAUCAAAAUUCCAAAAAUAAAGAAGAAGAUUUAAUAAAGGCUUUAAUAUACAUAAAAUGGCCGGAGACGAGCGACCCGUCCUUCCGUGGCGGAUGUCCUUAUGUAUACCGGACGUGGUUUUGGAUGCGGAGAACUACUCAAGGGAAGAGUUAGCCUCGAGGCGAGAGGCCCAGCCCAAUUUCCGCUGAUUUUGGGACUUGGCCCGGGCAGCAGUUUUUCGCAUUCUUUUUGCCAGUAGCGCCGAGGCCCAGACUCGGUGCCCGAAAGAGGCAGGGUGAACUACCUGCCUAGGCUACUUGGUGGCUUAGCUCCGAAUCCCGCAAGGGGUUGAGUUCUUUCUUGGAGAUAAUCCGGGAAAGAGGGGAGGCGAAGCUCGACACAGAUCUCAAGGGCACAAGUCUUUCCAGUCGAAAAGGGUCCCGAUCAAAAGGGGCGAUCUGGCCAGAGGCGAGCAGGGUUGGGUAGUCAUGGCCUCGAGUUGGAAAUUGAUGGUUCCCAGCAAAAUCCGUAUGACCCAGAUCAGGAGGGAAAUUGCCACUACCGAGAAACCGGGGAUUUCGGCCCGGGCUCGAGUGCCUUUUAGGGAGCCACCCCGCAGCGGGUCCGCUGCGGAACGCGAAGACUUUGGAAGUAGGGACUAUAAACACACAGCUUUAAUCUAAUUUAAUAAAGGCUUUAGGAAGCUUAAUAAACACCCCAGACAAUGAAUUUUUGGUAUUUAUCCAAGAAAAUUUCGACGAAGAAAAACAAGAAAAAUUGAUAAAAAUGAUGAAUGAGCAGGAUUCCAGGCUAAAAUCAGCUAUAAGCCUCUAUGAUUUUACAACAGAUAAAGACUCUCUUAUAGAAACACUAAAUUUCCUACUGAGAGAAGACCCUAACUAA